AUGUUAUCAUUUAAUUUCAUUAAGGAAUUGAUUUUUCAGAUUGGUUCGGUGUUGAUUGUGGAAUCGAAUUUAAUUAUUUUCCCGAAAGAGAACAUGUUUUCAUCAUUCUAUCGAGUUUUAUGUCAGACUGGUGAUAAGAUUGUUUAUCCAUGGUUACCAUCAUUUGCUAAAGUUUUAUGGAAUCAUGAAGCAGGCCCUAAAACGAUAUUUUUUUGGGCACCAACCUUCAAGUGGUGUUUGGUGAUAGCUGGAAUUGCUGAUUUAAGAAGGCCUGCAGAGAAACUUAGCAUUUAUCAGAACACAGCGCUAUGUAUAACCGGACUAAUAUGGACUCGUUACAGUUUCGUUAUUCAACCAAUUAAUUACAACUUAGCGAGUGUUAAUUUUUUCCUCAGUUGUGUUGGCUUAUAUCAAGUAUCGAGGAGAAUUAAAUAUGAAGUUUGUUUUUAA